CGAGUUUAAAGUUUCCGAGGCUCAGAGGAACACAAUGACUUGGAUGAGACAGCCUAAAUGGGGAGGACCCUGCUGCCGCAACCAAGGGAGCCCUUAAACCCAAGCUAAGCUAACCAUCUUUUCCUUUCUUAAAUUCGUCCAUACGGCAUAUAAACACGACGAACCCACUUCUUCCACUGACCAGAGAUUCUUUUUUUUUUUUUUUUCCCGACGAUCCACGAUAGUCUGAUCCUUGGAGACAUAUGGCUGGAAAAUGAAACGACCCGGGAGUGUGCCCACAUCGUUUUUCUGUGUGGUGUAAUACCAGAUGGGCACUGUGAACGGCGCAGAGAUGUGAAUGGGCAGUUUGAAAUGGGAAUUUCACCCCUGAUCGAGCAGGUUCCGUUGCCCUCUCCUGCCUCUUGGUAUAACGUACUAGCUUUUGCCCUUCUCUGCAGUAUCAAUUAACUCAACUUGGAGGUGGAGUGGCCAGAGAGGAAGGAAUGAAGCGAUCUGGCUAAUCUUGCUAGCUGCGGAGCGGCAGAACCUGGAACUGCGGCCGGGUGCAGAUCUGCCGACUGCGCCGGCGGCAUGGAGCGCACGGGCGCCCGCGGGGACCCAGGCCCGGCCCCGGGAGCCGGCUGCUGAGCUCCAGAGUCCGCCAGGCCUCCGCCUCCUUGCGCCCUCUGCCUUGACUGUCAGUGUCGCCCCUCUCAAAGAGUCAUGGAAGACGGCCCGCUGCCAGACCUCAGAGACAUCGAGCUGAAGCUGGGACGCAAAGUGCCCGAGAGCCUAGCGCGCUCGCUGCGCGGGGAGGAGCAGGCGCCCCGAGAAGGGGCUGCGGACCCCAGCGGGGUUGGCGGGAGCUGCAGUAGCAGCAGCAGCAGCUGCAGCAGCUUCGCUCCCUCUGUGUCCUCCUCGUCUUCAUCCUCCCCUGCCUCUGGAUCUCCACGACGUAGCCACCCCAGCGCCCUGGAGAGGCUGGAGACCAAACUGCACGUCCUCAGGCAGGAGAUGGUUAACCUCAGAGCCACAGAUGUGAGGCUCAUGCGCCAGUUGCUCCUCAUCAAUGAGAGCAUUGAGUCCAUCAAGUGGAUGAUUGAGGAAAAGGCCACCAUCACCAGCCGAGGCAGCAGUCUCAGUGGCAGCCUGUGCAGUCUGCUGGAGAGUCAGGAUACCUCCUUACAUGGCAGCUAUAACAGCCUCCAAGAUGGCAGUGACGGGCUGGAUGGCAUCUCUGUGGGGAGCUAUCUGGACACUCUGGCAGAUGAUGUACCGGGCCAUCAGACGCCUUCGGACUUGGAUCAGUUCAGUGACAGCUCCAUCAUAGAGGACUCCCAGGCUCUGCACAAGCAUCCCAAGUUGGAUUCUGAGUACUACUGCUUUGGCUAAUGACCCAGUUUUUUGCAUGGGACUGGUGUGCAAUUAACUUGUAUGUAUCCUUCUUCUCUGCUGCUAUAUUUUUGGUGUGAUUUAUUUUAAUAAGGCAACCUUUUUAAAGAAGCUUAUUUUUAAACUGCUUAAUGAUAUUUCUUUUGCUCCUAAUAUUUCUCAUCUAGACUGAUUUAUUUUUCUCUGUUACAUUUUUAUUUUAUUUAUUAUAAUAAGCUUCCUCCCCUCUUUGAUAGUAGCACAGACAAAUAGAGGGGAAAGAAUAAGCAAUAAUUGUUUCCGCUUAUGUUUUCAGAGCAAGGGGUCAGGGAUUAUAAGGAAAACUUUGCUAAAUUUUACAAUAAACCAAAGUCUGAUAACUUCA